GGCCCCUCAGCUAUUAUUAUUAAAGCUCUGAUCUAACCAAAUCUCAAGUAAAAAAAAAUUGAAAGAUCAAUCUGUGCUUUCUCCUUGUUAUCUAAAUAUAUGACCUUUAUUUCACAGAAAAGAUUAAUGGCCCUGAGUAGAAAUAUUACAUAAUUUUGAUUGCUUCGUUAGUUUAUUAUUUUUUCACACUACAGUUUUUCUGCAGUAGUCCCUACCUACUUUUUAACACGUUUUUCUCCUUUAAUUUGAAGCUUUUUAAAAGUGUCUAUCAAUAUACUGCAGUGCUGAAUUGAGAAAGUAUAAGAAAAAGAAUCGUUUUAAACAUGUAAUAUAAAGAGAAACAAAUUAUAGUUAAAUUACUUAGAGAUUCUGGGGAGUUAAGGAGAAGCUUUGUUUCUUAAAAUAAUCUGGAACUGCUUUUUCUUUAACAAUUACCCAGAUAAUUUUUAUAGCUGUAUUCUGAAUAUAAGCUAGUGACGGUAACUCUUAAAAUAGUAUUAUUACUGUGCAUUACUAAUGGAAUAUAGUCUAAAGACAAAAAAAAAUUCACAGCAGUAAAAUCUUGUUGUUCUCAUAGUGUCAAGGUAAAAUCAUCCAGUUUUUCCAACAAAUCAAUGAGAUGGAAAAGCAGAGGAAGGAAUUUUAUACAAUGAAAGAAAUGAAGAGACAUACCAACCAAAUAUAAUGUGUGGUGGAUCUUGAUUCAAACAACCAUAACAACUUUGAGAGAAUUGGAGAAAUCUGAAUGUAGAUGGACAUUAAAUAAUAUUAACCUAAUUUCUUAGAUGUGGUAAUGGCAUUGUAGGGGUUUUUUUUUAAGUCAUUAAAGUUAGAGAUGUAUAAUGAAGUAUUUAUGGGUGAAAUUUGGGAAGUGAAAAUGUUGGGGAGAUAAACAGUUAUGGCAAAAUAUUGAUAAUUGUUGAAGCUAGUUAUGAGUAGCGAGGUGUUCUUUAUACUAUUCUCUUUCUUUGUGGGGUUUGACAUUUUUAAGAAUAAAAGGUUUUUUAAAAUUUGUGCUGUAAGAAGAGAAGUGGAAUUAACAAAAAUAGGACAUCCUUCUGAGAUACUGAAUCACCACUCCUGUCACAGGUUAUACCUCUAUCAGACAAACUCUCCAGCCUGUCCUGUUUCAUCACCUGACAGGAUAACUUCUAUCUGAGAUAAUCCUGCUCAUGCAUUCUUCUACCACCUGAAUCUUGGGUGUUUUUCUAGUCAUGGCAAUGGACUCAUGGAAACUCAGCUACCUGAUGACAUCAAAUUACAUGCCUGGUUUGUGUGUGUGUGUUUAUAAGGUUAAUCUCUUUUUGCCUCAAUUUCCUCAUCUGUAAGCUGGGAAACUUACAGCAGUCCUAUGUGGCGCAUACUAUCAUUAUCUCCACUUUACAGAUGAGGAAACUGAGGCAAAGUUUAAAUAAUUUGUCCAAGGUUCAUAGCUACUAAUUAUUCCCGUAGUUCAUGGCAAUAAAAGUAUAUAAUUCUGAAAGUUUUCUAUGUUAGUCCAAUCAUAUAUUUUUAAAAUUUCCUGCAUAUAUUCUUUCUUCUCAGCCAGGCUUUUACAUAUUUUCUUUUUGCUCCAAACUCAGCAUUAUUGAAAGUAGAAAGUCCCUAUUAAUGUCAUUUCUCUUGUGUGACCCUCAGACAAUUGUCUGCGUCAUAAGGUCCGGCGAUAGUAAAAGUCUUGUAACGUUGCAUAGCUUGGUGGUACAUAUAGAAAAGGGGGAUAUUGCAUCCAUUUUCAUCCCAGAAAAUGUAAUAUCCUGUGAGGACGCGUGGUGGCGCUGCAGGAUAAGAAGGUAUACCCGGAACCGCAGCUGCGGCUCCGUUGACACGCAAAAUUUACCAGCAGAGCCUGGAAGCCCACGGGGAGGGUGGAUGCUACAGAAGAACUGAGUCCUCUGAAAAGGGCUAUUCAUCGGAAUACUUCUGAGGUAUCUUGCGGAUUGACCACAGUCUCCGAUACUGAGGUCUUUACAGCUCUGCGGAACCACCCUCGCCGGAGGCUGUACCAAGCAAGAACAAUGGAGGCCAGCAGGAAGCUCAUUUGCAGACAAAGGCAAGUCCUUUUCUUCUUUCUCUUCUUGGGCUUAUCUCUGGCGGGCACUGAACCUAGGCGCUAUUCUGUGGUGGAGGAAACGGAAGGGAAUUCUUUUGUAACCAAUUUAGCAAAGGACCUGGAUCUGGGGCAAAGGGAACUCUCCAGGCGGGGACCUAGGGUGAUUUCCAAAAGGAACAAACUGCAUUUGCAGCUCGAUCAGGAGACCGGGGAUUUGUUGCUAAAUGACAAACUGGACCGCGAGGAACUGUGCGGUCACACGGAGCCCUGUGUGCUGCGUUUCCAGGUGUUGCUAGAGAAUCCCUUAGAGUUUUUUCAAGCUGAGCUACAAGUAAUAGACAUAAAUGACCAUGCUCCGGUGUUCGUGGACAGAGAUAUGUUGCUAAAGAUAUCAGAGAGCAGUCCUCCUGGGACUACGUUUCCUCUGAAGAAUGCUCAGGAUGUGGACGUAGGCCGAAAUAAUAUUGAGAACUAUAUAAUCAGUCCCAACUCCUAUUUUCGGGUCCUCACCCGCAAACGCAGCGAUGGUAGGAAAUAUCCUGAGCUGGUGCUGGACAAAGCGCUGGAUCGCGAGGAGGAACCUGAGCUCAGGUUAACCCUCACCGCUCAGGAUGGUGGCUCUCCACCCCGGUCUGGCACCGCUCAGGUGUACAUCGAAGUCGUGGACAUAAACGAUAACGCCCCUGAAUUUGAGCAGCCUUUCUAUAGGGUGCAGAUCCCUGAGGAUAGUCCCAUAGGUUUCCUGAUUGUCACAGUCUCUGCUACGGAUGCAGACAUAGGAGCCAACGGAGAGAUUUCUUAUUCACUUUUCCAGGCUCCAGAAGAGAUUAGCAAAACCUUUGAGAUCAACCCCAAGACAGGGGAAAUUCGACUGAAAAAACAACUUGAUUUCGAAACUGUUCAGUCCUAUGAGGUCAAUAUCGAGGCCAGAGAUGCUGGAAGCUUUUCUGGAAAAUGCACCGUUCUUACUCAGGUCAUGGAUGUGAACGACAAUGCCCCAGAAGUCACUAUGUCUGCAUUUACCGCACAGAUCCCCGAGAACUCCCCUGAGAGUGUAGUUGCAGUUUUUAGUGUUUCAGAUCUUGAUUCGGAAGAAAACGGGAAAAUAAGUUGCUCCAUUAAGGACGAUCUACCCUUUUUCCUGAAAUCGUCCCUGGAAAACUUUUACACCCUAGUAACAGAGAAACCGCUGGACAGAGAGGACAAAGACGAAUACAAUGUCACCAUCACAGUCACUGAUUUGGGGACACCCAGGCUGAAAACAGAGCUCAACAUAACCGUGCUGGUCUCCGACGUCAACGACAACGCCCCGGCCUUCACCCAAACCUCCUACACCCUCUGGGUCCGCGAGAACAACAGCCCCGCCCUGCACAUCGGCAGCGUCAGCGCCACAGACACAGACGCAGGCGCCAACGCCCAGCUCACCUACUCGCUGCUGCCGCCCCAAGACCCUCACCUGCCCCUGGCCUCCCUCGUGUCCAUCAACGCCGACAACGGCCACCUGUUCGCCCUCAGGUCCCUAGACUACGAGGCCCUGCAGGCCUUCGAGUUCGGCGUGGGCGCCACGGACCGCGGCUCGCCGGCGCUGAGCAGCCAGGCGCGGGUGCGCGUGCUGGUGCUGGACGCCAACGACAACUCGCCCUUCGUGCUGUACCCGCUGCAGAACGGCUCUGCGCCCUGCACCGAGCUGGUGCCCCGGGCGGCCGAGGCGGGCUACCUGGUGACCAAGGUGGUGGCGGUAGACGGCGACUCGGGCCAGAACGCCUGGCUGUCGUACCAGCUGCUCAAGGACACCGGAGGCCCGGGCCUGUUCGGCGUGUGGCCGCACAACGGCGAGGUGCGCACGGCCAGGCUGCUGAGCGAGCGCGACGCGCCCAAGCACAGGCUGCUGGUGCAGGUCAGGGACAAUGGCGAGCCGCCGCGCUCGGCCAGCGUCACGCUGCACGUGCUGCUGGUGGACGGCUUCUCCCAGCCCUACCUGCCGCUGCCCGAGGCGGCGGCCGAGCAGGCGCGGGCCGACCCGCUCACCGUCUACCUGGUCGUCGCGCUGGCGUCGGUGUCGUCGCUCUUCCUCCUGUCGGUGCUGCUGUUCGUCGCGGUGCGGCUGUGCAGGAGGAGCAGGGCCGCGUCGCUGGGUCGCUGCUCGGUGCCUGAGCGCCCCUUUCCGGGCCACCUGGUGGACGUGAGCGGCACCGGGACCCUGUCCCAGAGCUACCAGUAUGAGGUGUGUCUGAGGGCAGGUUCAGGGACCAGCGAGUUCAAGUUUCUGAAGCCAGUUGUGCCCAAUUUCCAGGGCCAUUCCCCUAGACCGGAAAUAGAAGAAACCUCCAACUUUAAGAAUGACUUUGGUUUCAGUAUUCAGUGACAAUAAUUGUUUUUUCAAAUAUUUAGAAUUGGUAAGUUUAAGGUGAUAGUUUUUCUGGCAACCUAUUAUAAAUUUUUUAAUUACACUAAACUUGCUUGCAAAAUAUCUUAUAUUAUCUCUUUGUUUUAAAGAAUAGGAUCUUUUUUCUUCAUUACCAUUUCAAGGUGAAUGGUCCUAAAUCUUGUCUCUCAAAACAUGAUGAAGUCAAUAGUUGUAUGAAUCCUUGUUCUGGAAUAACUUAAGAAUGUAUUAGGGGGAAAAAAAACCAGUGGGAAAUUCGUUCUAUAUAAUCGAUGGCAUUUUCUUGAAUUUUUCUUAUUCGUUUUUAAACUAUUAGGUGUAUAAGGCAGUCAUGCACUAACAGACUUACACUGAAGUGUCCCUGGUGGGGAAGGAAAGAGAACUGGUACAGUGAGAAUUUGGCUCUAGCUUUAUUCUGCCCUCGUAGAAUCUUUAAUAUUGUUUUCUCUUAAUGUUGUACUAAUUGUGCUUCCUUUCAUUAAUAUACCAGUGUUAGUUUUAAUAUAAUUAUUUUAACUGCUUCCCACUUAGUUUCAUUGAUGUUAAAAGGGGGAAAAUGUAUUGCCUUGUAGUUCUGUAGGUCAGAUUUCCCAUACGGGUCUUACUGGGCUAAAAUCAAGGUGUCCGCAGGAGUGCAUUCCUUUCUGGUGGCUCUAGAGGAGAAUCCAUUUCUUCAUUUUUUCCAGCUUCUGGAUGUUGCAUACAUGACUUGUCUCAUGGCCUCCUUCAUCCAUCUUCAAAGCCAGCAGCAUUGCAGUGUAUUUCUUUGACCAUUCUCCUGUAGUCACAUCUUCCUCUGACCAUAGUCAGGAAAGGUUCUGUCCCACCCAGGUAACCCAGGAUAAUCUUCCUUUCGUGAGGUCCUCAAUUUAAUUAUAUUUAUGAAUUCUCUUUUGCCACAUAUUUACAGAUUUGGGGAAUUAGGGCCUGUACGUCUUUGGGUGGGUGGCCAUUAUUCUGCCUGCCACUUGGAAUAAUGGCUGCUUGGAAGAAAAUUAUCUGGUCUAGUAGUACCACUUGUGGCCAACGGAAGGCACAUAAAGGUCUUUAUACCAGGAAUUUAGGCCUCAUUGAUUAGAUGCUUUGACCUCAGACAAGGUAAUUAACAAACUUCUUAAAAUCUUUAACAAAAAUACUGAACUGAUAAAGAUAUCAUGAAUCUUUACUGCAAUUCACUUCAAAUUACAGAAAUGGAAAACCUGAACAAAAGAAUACAAAUCUGAUAAGGGACUUAUCAGAAUAUAUAAAGAACUCUUACAACUCAACUACAAAAAGAUAAAUAACCCAAUUUAAAAAUGAGUGAAGAUCUAAAUAGACAUUUCUCCAAGGAAGAUAUACAAAUGGACAAUAAGCACAUCAGAAGAUGUUCAGCAUCGUUAGUCAUCAGAGAAAUGCAAGUUAAAAUUAAUGAGAUACCACUUCACACCCACUAGAAUGGCUAGAAUCAAAAAAUCAGAAAAGUAUUGGGAAGAUGUGGAAAACUCGGAAUGCUGAUAAACUGCUAGUGGGAAUGUAAAAUGGUGCAGCUGCUUUGGAAAACAGUCUCGCAGUUCCUCAGUUAAACAGAGAGAUACCGUAUGACUCAGCAGUUCCACUCCCAGAGAAAUGAAAACAUACAUCCACACAAACACUUGUACAUGAGUAUUUAUGCAGCAUUAUUCAUAAUAGCCAAAAGGUGGAAACAACCCAAACGUCCAUCAACAGAAGAACGGAUAAUCAAAAUGUAAUAUAUCUAUACAGUGGAAUAUUAUUUGGCCAUAAAAAGGAAUGAAAUAUUGAUAUGUUACAACUUGGAUGAACCUUGAAAACAUGCUAAGUGAAAGAAGCCAGUCCCAAAAGUCCACAUAUUGUACUAUUCCCUCAGUACAAGAGUCCAGAAUAGGAAAGUCUAUAGAGACAGAAAAUAAAUUAGUGGUUGAUUAGGACUUGGGGGCACAAGGGAUGAGGGAAUAGGAGGGUGAUGGCUCAAGGGUACAAGGUUUAUGAAGUGAUGAAAAUGUCCUAAAAUUGACUGUGGUGGUGGGUGAACUGCUCUGUGAAUAUGCUGAAAGCCGCUGAACUAUACACUUUAAAUGGAUGAAUUGCAUGGUAUGUGAGUUAUAUCUCAUUAAAGCUGUUUUUAAAAAAGAAUAAAACAGAAAUUGUGUCAUGAUAAUAAUAAUUAUAAAAGGAAUCCAAAAGUAUGGCAGGCCUACCCUUGAGAUCUGCCUGUUUGGGAAAUAAUUUUCAAAUAAUUGAAAACUCCAAAACCUAAGUUGUCAGCCUUAGGUAUUGGAAAGAAAAGGAAAUGAUCCACUCGUUAACAAGGCAUUGGUUAUACACUCUUUAGAACCACCACUGAUUGUAAUUUUGCAGUGUCCUCUCAUUUGUAAUUCUGUAAUAUCUACCAUGAAAAGAUGUACUUGUGAAACGGUUCCCAUGUUACUUGGAAAACAUUUUGCUUCUAAAUGUAUAUUCUUUUUGGCUUACAUGUUAAUUAAAUUAUCUUAUUUAAUCACUAGUCCUCAACAGCUUUAAACAGUCAAUAAUAUAAAUGACAGUGUGCUAUUUAUACUCUUCAUGUGCAACAACACAGAGCUUUAUCCGAACACACAAAUACCACACAAAAAUAGAGCUCAGUAUUUUAUAUUACAGAACACAAUUUAUACAACCUAUUUGGUACAUUUAGGAGGAUUUUGUAUUCAACGUUAAGCCAGAAAAUAUAAGAUGCAGUGAGGACACGUGGUGGCGCUGCAGGUUAAAUGAUGGAAAACAGAAUUGCCUACGCAGCUCCAGUAUCCAGCCAAACAGUUUCACACUGCCUGGAAGCU